CCAAUAGCUGGCUCCUCUCAGAGAGGGAUUCUUGCGGCUCUCCUCGUUGACUGUCUCUUGCUCAGGCAAAGACUCGGACUUAACAGUGGGAACUGCGCGCUUUGCUGUAGCACUUCACUCUACAGUGGAUUUUAAAAAUCACCGUCUGCGUUUUCAAAACACAGCUCCACACGACAGUAAGCUACCCUUUGAAUCGCCAUGAACAAUCCGGUGUGCUGGGCUAUCCUGUGCGGGAUGGCUGUUCUGCUGCUUCAGCAAGGAUUACCGGUCCGCAGCCAAGGGGAAUCUCAGUCGGACAACACAGUGAUGGACAACAUUACCGUCAGGCAAGGGGAAACUGUGGUCCUAAGGUGUUCACAGGGCAAUUCGGUGACGCACACAGCCUGGCUGAACCGGUCCAGCAUCCUGUACGCAGGGGAGGACAAGUGGUCCGUGGAUCCGAGAGUGAGCCUGGUGGCAUUCAGCCAGGAGGAGUUUACCAUAAAGAUCGAGAACGUGGACGUAUCUGACGAGGGCCAGUACAUAUGUGCCGUUCAGACCCGCAGCCGGCCCAGAACAACAUCCGUGCACAUCAUCGUCCAGGUGUCUCCAAAAAUCAUAAAUCUGACAAAGAACAUAACUGUGAACGAAGGCGCCAAUGUCACCCUGUUGUGUUCAGCGAAUGGAAAGCCAGAUCCCUCAGUCUCCUGGAGACUUCUGUCGCCAACCGCCCAGGGUCCUGUCUCAGAGGAUGAAUACCUGGAAAUCACAGCCGUCUCCAGGCAGAGGGCAGGAACAUAUGAGUGUACUGCAGCCAACGAGGUGUCCACCGAUGUGCAAACCACGGAGCUCAUCGUCAACUACGCUCCCACCGUGUCAGAGGGUAAAGAUGUGGGCGUCGCCCUGGGCCAGAGAGCAGAGCUUCAGUGUGAGGCAGAAGCCGAGCCAGCAGCACAGAUUGAGUGGUACAAAGAGGACAAAAGGAUCUCCAGUGACUUUGACGGCAUUGAGAUCGAGAGCAGCGGCGAGUUCUCAAAGCUGACACUUUUCAACGUCUCGGAGGAAGAUUACGGCAACUACACUUGUGUUGCUAUCAAUAAGCUCGGCAGCGCAAAUACAAGUAUUAUUGUCUACGAGGUAAUUGAGCCCACCAGCUCAACACUAUUGCAAGGGCCGGGAGCUGUGCAGGAUGGGAACAGCGGGGCCAUGGGAACACACACCUCAACCUGUCUACUUCCUGUCAUCUGUGUCCAGCUCCUUCUCAGGUUUUGAUACAAAAUUCUGUUCUUCUGAGGGGCAGCUGGAUGUUUGUGUGUGCGGUUUUUCCCUCUCUCCUC